AGCUCCCCCUCUCCCUUAGCCUAUCCCUUUCCAGGUCUCUCCGGUCUCUGCUGAGGACAGCUGUCCCUGCGUCACCACCAGAAGGUUGAUGUAAAUGUUGCUGUGAUAAGAGCAGUCAGCUGGCCUGCCCUGGCAAGGGGGAGGAUGUUGCAUGUGGAAAGUUGAGGGUCUUGCAGUCUGUUCACCCGCAGAGCACACAGGCUCUGUCCUAGCCACAGCCCCCGCUGGACUGACCAGUCUUAACAUCAAGAAGGUGGAAACAGAAGACAGCUUAUUGAAGGUGAAAGAACUUGGAGAUUUGGCUUCCAAAUCUUUUUUCCAGGAAAGACCACCACUCCCAUCAAGAUGGCACCCAAGAAGAAAAACCCCAAGAAGACCAAAACAGAGAAAGGGGAGGCGCCCAUUGCCCCCGUGGUGGUGGAGGACACGUCACUGGAUAUCGACCACCUCAACCACCUCAAUGAUCUGUAUGAAAAUGGCUCCAAUGGCUUCCGCUGCACCGCCACAGAGGUCACAAACCCAAGCCAUGGCGCCAGCCUGCUGGCGGAGAUGACUCAAAUGCGCCAGGAGCGGUUCCUCUGUGACCUCACGAUCGUCGCCAAAACCAAGUCCUUUGACGUUCAUAAACUGGUCAUGGUGUCCUGCAGCGAGUACUUCCGCAGCUUGCUGAAGAGAGAUCCCAGCCUGCAGCGGGUGGAACUCAACGACAUCUCCCCUCUGGGCUUGACCACCAUCCUCACGUAUGCCUACACCGGGAAGCUGAGCCUGUCCCUCUACACCAUUGGCAGCACCAUCUCCACUGCCAGCCACCUGCAGAUGCAUGCUCUGCUCAGCAUGUGCAGUGACUUCCUCAUCCAGGAGAUGAAUGUGGAGAACUGCAUGUACAUUGCCAACAUCUCAGCCACAUACAACCUCAACCAGGCGAAGGACGCCACCCAGAAAUUUAUCCGGGAGAACUUCCUGGAGUUCUCAGAGACUGAUCAAUUCAUAAAACUCACCUUCGAUCAGCUCAAUGAGCUGCUGAUGGAUGACGGGCUACAUAUCCCGAGUGAGAUCAUCGCCUUCCGGAUUGCUAUGAAAUGGCUUGAGUAUGACUCCAAACGAGUCCAGUAUGCUGCCGACCUCCUGGGCAACAUACGAUUUGGCACCAUAUCAGCUCCUGAUUUGGUCAACUGUGUCCAGCCUGUGCCACGUAUGAUGCAAGAUCCUGAGUGCCACAAGCUGCUGGUGGAUGCUAUGAAUUAUCAUUUGCUCCCUUAUCAGCAAAAUACCCUUCAGUCCAGAAGAACCAGAAUCCGUGGAGGCCAGAGAGUGUUGGUCACUGUUGGAGGCCGCCCGGCCUUGACUGAGAAAGCUCUUAGCAGAGAUAUUAGCUACAGGGACGCGGAAGGGAACUGGAACAAGCUGGCUGAGAUGCCAGCCAAAAGUUUCAACCAGUGCGUGGUGGUGAUGGACGGGUUCCUCUACGUGGCAGGAGGGGAAGACCAAAAUGAUGCUAGGAAUCAGGCCAAACAUGCUGUCAGCAGUCUAUGCAGGUACGAUCCCCGCUUCAACACUUGGCUGCACCUGGCCAGCAUGAUGCAAAAGAGGACACACUUCAGCCUCAGUGCCUACAACGGGCUCCUCUAUGCCAUCGGCGGGCGCAACACAGAUGGUGUCCUGGCCUCCAUUGAAUGCUACGUGCCUUCCACCAACAGCUGGCACGGCCAGGCCGGCAUGGAGCUGCCUCGCUGCUGCCAUGCCAGCACGGUCAUCGACAACAAGAUCCUUGUCACUGGCGGCUAUAUCCACCAUGCCUAUUCCCGCAAUGUGUGCAGCUAUGAGCCCAGCACUGAUGCCUGGAGAGACCAGGCUGGGCUAGGCACACCCAGGGGCUGGCACUGUGCCGCCACACUGGCUGACCGUGCCUAUGUGCUGGGGGGCAGCCAGCUGGGCACCCGUGGGGAGCGUGUGGACGUGAUCCCAGUGGAGUGCUACAGCCCCCACACAGGCCAGUGGAGCUGCGUGGCACCAGUGCCCAUUGGAGUCAGCACAGCGGGGGUGACUAUCCUUGAUGGGCGCAUCUGCCUCGUGGGAGGCUGGAAUGAGAGCGGGAAGAAGUACCAGAAGUGCGUGCAAUGCUACGACCUGGACCGAGAUGAGUGGGCCGAUGACGAGGACCUCCCCGAGGCCACCGUGGGUGUGUCCUGCUGCACCAUCACCCUCCCAUCCCUUCGGAGCAAGGGGUCCCGAGCCAGCUCUGUGGCCUCAGCAGCAGUCAGCAUCUAAUAGGGCAAAUGGGGGGCUGGCACUUCCUGCCUGCAGCCCAGGACAGAGACUAGAGCUCAAGCCUUGCCUCAGAUUGUAGGGCAGCUGCGAUCAGGGAGCACGAGGACAAGAACCGUCACGUGGGGGAUGGUGCAUCGGGGGCACGGGGUGGGGAUAGACACAGGGUCCCAGGAGCUGGGAAUGCCUGAAUUCUCAUCCCAGCUGAUAAAUUAACCCCUUCUGUGGCCUUUGGCAGGUCACUGAACCCUCAGGAAAAUGGGGAUGACCCUUGCCCGUCUCUUCAAGGGCAUUUGCCAAGAGGAGCACUGAAGGAAAUCUCCCCAUGAUCAUCCCUGCGGCUCCACUCUGCACUCAGUCCCACCCCCAGCUGCAAAGCUCUCCCAUCCCUGCUCCAGCUAACAGGUGCUGGAUCCAAGUGAAGAUGUGUGGCCCAGGGGCUGGGACCUCAUCUUGCCCUAUGGGUGACAAGGCUGCAGGCCCCCUUCCAGGGGAAACCCCCUCAAUGUGUGACCCUCAUGUCAUCGAGCCAUACAUAGGCCUGCAGAGCUGGAAUGACCCCCCAGGCCCAUGAUCUGUGAUAAAGGCACUGGUUGGGCAACUGGUUAAACAGUCACUCUCUCAGGCUAAGCCAUGCUUCCUUUCAGCAACAUGGGGCAGCUCCAGCCCAACUCCAGAGCCCAGUCACAAACCAGCCCAUGGCCCAACAAGCGAACCAAACCCCUGGCAAGGCAGCACACGGUGCCACAAUGGAGUCAUCAAGCACAGGCCAGGGCUACCCAACUCUUUCCAUCCCAAGUCCAAUUUUUGUCUCCCAUCCAACCUGCGGGAGCUGGCAAGGUCUGGGAGCAGGUCAGCAAAACUGACACAAGCACAUUCAGAUCCUGCUGCCAGGAUCACAUAGAUAAAUAUCAGAGCACGGCUCCAGCCGGGGCUGGCAGAGCUUUGACGUUUGCUGGAGCGUCGGGUUUCCCUGGAACAUGCGCUAGUGAUUUGCAGCCAGGCAGGUGCUCAGGUUAGAAUAGGUUUCCCCCAGUCCAGUUGUGUUUAAACCAGAUUUGUUCCAACACUGCUUCUGAAUGACCCACCAUCCUUUGAGCACAGCCUUUCAUUCCCACUUGCCAGAGCUUGGAGACCUCAAGCAAUGGCUCCUCUCUGCUUUGGAUUCCUCCAGUCAUGCUGCAAGGAGGCAAUAUGGCCCAGCCGCCAGUCAGGGAGUAUAGCUCCCAUUGCGAGCAGACGCUGACUUACUGUGCAACCUUAGCACAGCACUUCACCCUCCUCUUCUGCUGUUUCCCCUGCUGCAGGAGACUAAGAAAAGCAUUUUCCUUCCCAUAAAGUGCACUGAGCUCCGGCAGGUGGUAUAGUAACAAAGCUACCUUCCUCAGCCUCGCUCAGGGUCAGGCUGCCACAAAGGGAGAUGCCUGGAUGGCCUACAGCAGUGCACAACAGCCUGGAAUACAGCUAAGAGGAAAAGAGGGGUUCUUCCUGCUUUAGACCCAUUAUUUCACUAGGGGUCUUUAGGUUUGCAGGGGUCCAGAGUUAAGGGGGAAAAAUACCACUCUCACACACAUCUAAGCUUGGAGUUAUUCUGAAGUCUCUUCAAAUGUCAAUCAAGGCAAGUUUUGAGCUCUAGGAGAGUAUAUUUUGGGCUGCCAGUAUCCCAGGCUGUGCAUCACAUUGUGUUUGA